CCACCUUCUUUUAUUUUCUUUUAUUCAAGCUUGAUUUAAAUAUGGCGCAAAAGUCGAUUACUGGCGCCCGGGUUCUGCCCCGUUUUCUGCUGCCACAGCUCAGCUGGCAGGGAAGGGCAGCCACAGUACAGCUUCCAGUUCGCAGCACGUCACUCUUUGUGGCAUAUUCGACAGAUUCGUACGGCCAGAACCGCCGUAGCACGCCCAUAACUGCGCGAAGAUCUAUGUUCCAAACGAAAGAUGGUGCAGCUAUUACUCAGAGGUUGCCAAUGCGCCGGGAUUUCAGCUCGUCACCAAUGCGCCAGAGAGAUUACCACUUUGACACCCUCAAGUUCGUCAAGCGUUUGAGGGAUGAGGGGUUUACUGAGACGCAAUCUGUUGCUAUGAUGAAAGUCCUAAGUGACGUUAUAGAGGAAAGCAUUCAAAAUCUCACGCGAACCAUGGUCAUCCGCGAAGACCAAGCGAAAGCAACCUACACCCAGAAAGUCGACUUUGCAAAGCUACGGUCAGAGUUGCUGUCUGCGGAUUCGACAGAAGAGUCGGCUACGAAAGCAGCGCAUGAGCGGCUGACGAACGACCUUGCAAAGUUCAAUAACAAAUUGCGAGAUGAGAUAAGCAGGACGCAAGCGUCAGUUCGACUGGAUCUGAACUUGGAGAAGGGCAGGAUAAGGGAGGAAUCAAAUGCCCAGGGGCUCAAGAUUAAGGAGACGGAGACAAAAAUUGAGCAAGAGGUUGCUGGACUGAGAGAAAAGCUUGAGGGCGUCAAGUUCCAGACCCUACAAUGGUUGAUGGGAGUGGUUACUGGUUUCUCUGCUUUGGUUCUUGGUGUGUGGAGAUUGUUGAUGUAAUAUUACGGU